AUGGGGUCAACGCAGUUUGGCAAAUUCCAUAACUUUUGUCGAGACUCGACGCUUCCCGUAUGCAAUCUCUUCGUUAGGAACAACCAGCCGCCGAAUAAGAAGUUCGAUGGAUGCGCCUUGACGGGAAUCAAUCUAAAUGAUGACCGAAAUGUUGGGAACUUAGGGUCUAUUUUGCUCUGCUUUAUUGCUAUCUUCUCUUCGCUAUUCUUAAUAUGGAGGUCGGAAAGAAAACGGGCUGCUGUUGGUCGAAGGGAAAUGCAAUUGUUCUUGGUCGGGUUUAUAAUUAUUUCGAUUUGUGAGAUCUUCUCAGUCGGCGCCUUCCCGCUUAGCGAUUCAGUUAGAAAGGGAUUUUCUGCAGCUCAUCUUGGCGCUAUUGCUGCGACUGCCUGGUUGCUCUUCCUCAAUGCUGUUGUAGGCUUCCAGCUUAUCGAUGACGGCACUGCCAUCUCCAUUGGCCUGCUCGUCACCUCGGCCCUGGUUCUCUUCAUUGGCACUGGAUACAUUGCCCUGGAUACUGCUUUUAACUGGACUGGCCGCUUCCAAGCCAGCCAUCGCGCACCCAACCAGAACAUAGGCCUGUACAUCCUGUACCUAUUGUUCCCACUAAUCUGCAUAGUCGGGUUCUUCCUGUUCGAGACUUUCUUGGUCGUCAAGGUGCUCAAGGAGAAGAGACCCAUGCUAUACCUCACUAUUGCCGGCUUGCUGUUUGCCAUAAGUCAGGUAUUCCAAUUCGUCAUCAGUCCACACCUCUGCAAUGCCACGAGUGGUAAAAUCAACGGUGCCUUCUUCGAAACGCUCUUCAACCUUGGCUCCGUAAUGAUGGUAUGGGUUUUCUGGAGCAGUAUCACCGAAGAUGACUGGCCAAUGCCCGUCGGCGGCGCAUACAGCUGA